CGCGCGCUUCGCGCCUGCUGCCUCCGUUACACUACGAUCUUCUGACCGCCAGGUACUGUACUCUUCUCUUCUUUGCUCUUCUUCUCUUUCGACUCUACAUACUGCUAUGACAACGUAGCUUACCCCACGAAACCAUUUAUUGGCUGUCCCAGUCCAUGGAUCUGUAAUCACGCACGUUUCCCAGGGCAAACCUCCAUUCAUCAUGGUCCCGCGGUACCCUUCUCGGCCACCACUCCACGGACCUCAGGGAGGCGAGAUCACCCAACACCACCGACAUGGAGUGCGACAUCUGUGGGAAGGCCGGCAGCCAAGGCCAUGCGCUGCACUGCAUCACCUGCGCCCGCUCGUACCUCGAACAGCCCCGCAUCGAGCUCGCGAAGAUGCUCAUCGACAAGGACGGCGUCGAGAGACACGUCAAGGCCGUCAUACAAGGAUCAGAAGACAGUUCGAGCGUGUCGCUGUCCGACUCAAAAGGGGGGUUCCUUGUCGACCGCCAGCUAUGCACCGACAACUUGAACUGGCAGCGCACGAGGAUGGAGACGGUCGAGAUUGAAGAGAGGAUGACAGUCAUCACGGAGCAGGCAGCCCGUCUCCGGGAGCAGAUGGAGACUGUGCGGAAAGAGCUCGAAGCCAAGCGAGCGGCGAACGCGCAACGCAAGUCAGACUUGUCCUCUGCUACGUAUGGUAUCGACUCGCGGCGUGCCAACGAGCUGGACAAGGUGCAGCAGAUGGUCAAGAGGAUGGACUACAAAUCCGGCAAAGUGCACUACGAAACGAUCGAGCAGCGGAGACAACUAUGCACAACAUCUGCGAACCUCGCCGGGCUGAAGAUGAGUAAGAGGAGGACCAAGGAUGGAGGUAUCAAGGAGGUCGUCAAUAUUGGACCGGGCACGAAGCUGCGCAUAUGGGACCUUCGAGAUAUGGACGACGCUCCGCCAGACUAUCUUUCUGCUUCUCUCGCUGCUGUCGCCCAGCUGCUUGUACGCGUUGCUGCCUACCUGGGCAUACGCCUACCCGCCGAGAUUACAUUGCCUCAUAACAACUAUCCUCAACCUACGAUUUUCAGCAUCGCCUCCUCAUACCAGGGCAAGAAAGUACCGUUUCCAGGCACUACACUCUCCGACUCUUCGAGCAGUAGCCCUGAGGCCUCUCGCACCCUCGACCCGCGCAUGCCUCUUCCAAAACCUCGCGCCUUGUUCAUCGAUCGACCCCUGGCUCACUUGUCUGCCGAAGAUCCUCCAGCCUAUUCGUCAUUCAUCGAGGGUGCCUCGUUGCUUGCUUACAAUAUUGCCUGGCUCUGUCGGACGCAGGGCAUGAAGGACAAUUUCAAAGACUGGGAGGACGUUGGACCUAUGGGGCGCAACCUAUAUCGACUCCUGAUCUUGCAGGAGACGUACAUUCCACGACGUCCAGAGAACCCGCUCGACAAGGAUAUGAGCACUGUCAAGUCUGCAGCGUCAUCCCUGCGAAGGGGGCCAGUAGGCUUUGGCCAGCUGUCACAUGCUACGUCGCACUCGUACAUGAGCAUGGCAGAAAACGCACAGUACCUCAGCGGGUGGAGCCUGACGCCCACCAAGAUUCUUGACGAGCUGAAGGCGUUCUUGCUAGUGGAGCAACAGGCGCAGGAGUGGGAUGUGCUUAACCAGAAGGAGUGGGAAGAUAUGGAGAAUCUGAUCGCAGAAGACCCCAUCAUGGUGGGCGACAAGCGAUGUAACGCAGGCUUAGAUGAUGGUCGCAGCUACAUCGCCACGACCACCGCAAAUGGGACGCAAAAGGACGACAUGUCUGAGGGUGGACUUUCUGAGCGUAAGAAGGGGACGAGUGGGUGGACGAAGGUCAAAAGCAGGAGUGAGGAUGUGGUGCAGAGAUGAUACCCUAGUAACGUAGUAUAGACACAUGGUCGCCGACUUGGAUUCCUACUGAAGUUUGUGCUCUCGGAGUGUUCGGCGUGUUGC